GUGCGCCUGCCUGCCAGUCGGAAGAUGGGGAAUUUUUUCAUUCGAACAUACACCUCCCCUUUUCCCAAACAAGCAGUCAGUCUGUCAAUGUGCUCCGAGCGUUAGGCAAGUCAAACGAGUGGGAUUUUGAACUAGUGAGACGGGGGGACAUAUUGAAUGGAAACCAUUGGAAGCUAUCCAGAUUCCAAAUGACUCGCCACAUCAGACGGGCGAGUCUAUAACAUACGAAUAUGAGUUAAAGUUCGAUUUAUUAUUCAAAGUUUUAUUUUGCUCUUGUUCGUCUGGUAAGGACUGAAGUUGAAUAGGCUGGAGAUCUUCUAGCCUCCAGUUCUCUUUCUAGUCCAGUGUUUUGAUGUGUUAUGUGAUACAUUGAUUGCUGGAUUUGUCAACACCACCUGAGUUCGUUUGUUUGAAUUGCCAGUCUCAUUUACAAAUCGUUUGGGAAAGGAUAUUGAUUUACUCACUGGAAGAGAAGAGAAAGGACACGCAGUGUGGACCAAACCGUGCAAUGACAAAUCCACCGACCAGCGAGCAUCAACACGUCCUUCUGAUGGAGCUACUGUUCUAAACCGGGGGGAAAAAAGCCUCUUCUAUUUCUAAACACAGCAUUUGCGCUUAUGUCUCGAAUCUUUUGAAACUACAAUUUAUUUAUCGGAGUAAAAACUCUAAAGAAAAUAAGAAGUAGAAAGGAAUGGGAGAGAACCCGAAGAGAAUCGGCGCAGAGAACAAGGGAACAUUGUUUGGGAAAACACAAUUAUAGGAAACACCAACACCGCAACAGAAAAUAGCUCUCCUCGAGUGCCUAUCAAAUCCGGAUAGAAAUCGAUUCAACGGGGAGUUAUUUUUUUUGUGGAAGAAGGGGAGUGGUGCUCAAACCAUUGAACACAGCUAGAGCAACUUUCUCUGCCGUAGUUGUCAAUUACUACGUUGUGUGCUCUAUUAUUCGUUUUAUAUCCAUGCGGUUGCCCAAGGCACGAUAUUUCCUCUUCCAGCAUUGAGUGACUCACCUAUAGCUUACACGGCUAUAGCCUUUGUUUGGACAGCACCCCAUCUACAUCCUCAUAGAAAAUAUACCAUUUAUUUUUUUAAAUGGGGUUAAAUUAUAGGGGUUGUGGAGUUGCAAUGGCGUGUCGGAGAAGUGGGAGUAAAAUGGGAUUUGUGCUGAUAUUCUUACUGGAUUUACUGGGAACGGCGGUGAGCAACAUGGAGCCUAUCUACUGGAAUUCAUUGAACAAAAGAUUUUUGGACGAUAAGGGCUACGUCCUCUACCCUCAGAUUGGGGAUCGUCUGGAUCUCAUCUGUCCGUCGUCGGACCCCCCCAGCCAGCGGGCCCCCGCCGAGUACGAGUUCUACAAGCUGUACCUGGUGUCGUCACGUGAGCAGGCGGACAGGUGUGAGGUGACGGGCGCGCCCAACCUGCUGCUCACCUGUGACAAGCCCAACAAUGACAUGAGGUUCACCAUCAAGUUCCAGGAGUACUCUCCUAACCUGUGGGGACAUGAGUUCAAGACCAACGCUGACUACUACAUCAUCGCCACGUCAGAUGGGACGCGCCAGGGCCUGGAGAGUAUGAGGGGAGGAGUGUGUGCCACGCAGGGCAUGAAGGUGAUCCUCAAAGUGGGACAGAAUCCAUAUGGACUGCCCCCGAAACCUGCCAAACCAGACCAAAGUGCGGGCCGUACCAACACCAGAAAUACAGGUGGUGCUGGUAACGCCACCCAUCCCAGGGUUCCUAGCGGUGGCGCCGGGGAUUCGGGAGGCGCAGGGGGCGAGAACGGACCCCUCCCCCCCUCCAACGUGGCCGUCAUCGCCGGCGCUGCAGGGGGCUCCGCCUUCCUCCUCCUGGUCACCGCGGUGAUCUGCGUGGUGUGUUACCGGCGGCGACACGCCAAGCACUCGGAGUCCCACCACCCGCCCCUGUCACUCUCCUCCCUCACCAGCCCCAAGAGGCAUGGCGGUGGGCAUGGCGGCGGCCAUGGGGGCGGUAACAACAACGGCUCGGAACCCAGUGACAUCAUCAUCCCGCUGCGGGCUUCGGACUCGGCGUACUGCCCUCACUACGAGAAGGUGAGCGGGGACUACGGUCACCCCGUCUACAUCGUCCAGGAGAUGCCCCCCCAGAGUCCAGCAAACAUCUACUACAAAGUAUGAGGGCAGUUUCCAUGACAACCUACAGUACUACCAACUACCAUCUUACCCUGUCCUGUACAGUACAGUACCACCUACAGCCCACCUACAAUAUACCCUGUCCUAUAUAGUACAGUACCACAUAAAACCUACCUACAGUAGUCCAUCACUGACUUACCCUCCAAAACCACCAGUCCUUUAUACAGUAUCUUAUCUGCCCUAUUAAACCCCAAUCCCAGCCACAGGUCUGUGCAUCUAGCUAAGUGAAGAGGCCAUCCGUACACCCACCACUCUUCACUCGACUGUGUCACUAAGCUAAGUGUGGAGGGUUUAGUAUAUAGCCCCCACCGGCCCCUUUAAAGAGGACAGCACUGGCAAGAGACUCUGGGGCCCACUUCUUUUUUUUUGUCUCACCAUGAAUCAUACCCCCCCCCCCCACCAGAGCUGAAGAGAAGAGUCCCCUCCCUGUACACCAUGAGGAUAAGUGUGUGAGAACACGCACUAGUACCGCCACAACUUGGACUUCUGGGACUCUGACCCCUAGAAAACCCACCGACCAACCAUAUCCAGAGGUCUCUGUAUUUCUCUAAUGCUCCUGUCCUGUAUCAGACCUACCUGCCUCCUGAUUGGACCCUGAGGCUAACUGUGGCCCUUGAUGUUAUAUCUCACAAAUAGGAUCCUAGUUUGUUUGUGUGUGUAUGGUUUCUCAUUGGACCAGGGGCCUCUGACUCUCUCACCCAAUCAGAAAGCUGGGCUGGGGUCACGUGAUCAAUCGGUCCGACCAAUCGCGUCUUAGUGACAUUCAGAAUCUUGUAUAUUUUAAUAACGUGUGUGUUUGUGUACGUGUGUGUGCGUGCGUGUGUGGGAGACUAGGAUAAUAAUUCUGACACUGCUGUUGCACAGAAGUGUGUGUGCAGUUAGUGUGCUUUUAGUACAGUGUGUGUGUGUGUGUGUGUGUGUGUGUGUGUGUGUGUGUGUGUGUUAAUCUGUGUAUACGCUACGUGCGAGCGAAUGUGUGUGUUCGCGUGUCUUUAGACUUGUCUUAAAAACCAAAACACAAAAAAGUGAGUGAAUAUAAAAAAAGGUGAGAUUUUUUAUCGCUAGCAACACUUACAGAUUAUAUAUGAAUAUCCAGUCAAUCGUUUCUAGACGUCUUGUUUUUUUUCUAGUUUUUUAUUUUGAUUCCUCCACUUGUAAAACAACACUUCUGUUAUACUGCUAGAUCUUUUUUUAUCCUGCGCUUUAUUGUUUGCGAUUUAGAAACCUGACCCUGUUUCCUUACCCUUUGAGUUGUAAAUUAAUUUAAUCUCUUUGUUUUUCUUUCCUUGGCGAACUGAGGUCGUUUCUCUCUCUCCCUCCCUCUCUCUCUCUCUCAUCGCCUCCUCCCCCCUCUGCCCCCCCCCCAUGUAUAUUUUUAUAGUUCUUGUACUAUGCUGUAGUUUUGAAGUUUAGACCUCGUUUGUGGAAGUUGUUGAGGUAGAAACCAUCUAUGAAAGUUUUUUUCAAACGCUUUUGAACACAAGAAAAAGCAAGGGGGGAAAUGAACGAGGGCGGGUUCCAAAUGAAAUGAAAUAGAAUGAAAAGAAAGAACGGGAACCCGGAGUCGCUGUCUAGGGGGAAAAGAGAAAGAGCGACUGAAUGUGGAACUUUUGUUUAAAAAAGAAAAAAGAGAGAAAAGACUGAAGAAGGAAUCGCACACUAAAGAAAAGAAAAGAGCGCGAGGAGAAAUGGAAGAAGUGGGGGGAUGGGAGGUGGUUUGAGCGAUGAGAGAGAAGAAUCCCUGGGAAGGAUCGAGAGUGAAACAGUGACUGUGGCGGAAGAGAGGAGCCUUUCCUUUAACGGAGUGCUGAGAAGGAGUGAUGGACCCUAGGAGGGCGGAGGAGAGGAGCAGACACACGGCUGAAAUGGAUUUCAGGGGGAAAACUCACUGUGGAACAAGGAGAUGAGAUUUCAUCUAAAACACACACUGACAGAUAGACACACAUUCAAGAUAACAGACACAGACUAUUCUCUUUUCUCUGAAGGGAAAUGGCACGUUUCAAAUUCUCCCGAUUUUCCCCUUAAACAGCUUUAUGUAUCAGACACACUCUACGCUGAUUAUAUCGACACAGACACACACACACUCUGCAGACACACUGAUCCCUCUCACAUUCUCUUUCACUGUCAAACACGCACACACAUACAUACCGUACAUGUAUAUGCCCAUUUCACACACACUCUCUCUGUCUGGCUAUCUCUGCAUCCCUCUCUCUGCCACACACACACACACACACACACACACACACACACACACACACACACACACACACACACACACACACACACUGGUUGCUCUCAUGUGGCUCCCUAUUUCUGACACAGUCCUAGCUUUCUCCCCAUGAUUAAGUCAACCUCUGUGUGUGACAGAAGGAUUAAAAGAGGGUGUGUGCUCCCUGUAUUUGUGUGUGUGUGGACGUGUUUAACUAUACUUGUGGGGUCCAGAAGUCCCCACAAGAAUAGUAAACAAGCAAACAUUUGACCAACUGGGGGCAUUUUGUUGGUCCCUGCAAGGUCAAAUGCUAUUUGUUAAGGUUAGAAUUAUUGUUAGGGUUAGUUCUAGGGUUAUGGUUAAGGUUAGGUUUUGGGGGUAAGGUUAGGGGUUAGGGAAAAUAGGAUUUUGAAUGGGACUGAAUUGUGUGUUCCCACAAGGUUAGUUGUACAAGACUGUGUUUGUAUGGGUGUUUUUCUGGAACAAGUACCUGUCAGUCUCUUAGCCUGGUUAAUAACAGUUUUCACGCCCUUUUUCGAAAGCAAAGCUUUUUUUUUGCGAACGUGCCGUGUGUUAAGUUAUGUUAUAUGGGCUAGCUGCUACUUGGUAUUGUUGAGUGUUAGACCGAUGACGUGUUCAUAACAGGCACAGCAACCUGCAAAUGCACACAUACGCUAACAAAAUAGCAGACAAUAGGUGACGUGCCAUACUUUGAAAUAUCCCUCAUGCUCAACAGGUGAAUGUUUGUUUCCAAAGCUUCGCUCAAUGUGUGUUUUAUUCAUAUGCACACCUGCUCAAAAAGCUUUAUUUGAAAUAUCGCUUUAAUCAUUUUUACUACUACGCCUGCUCUCUGUUUCACAUCAUUUGUAUGUUGUGUAAUCUGUUCCCGUUAUGCUUUUUGAACUUAGAAUGUGUUACGGAGAAGUUGACUAAAUAGGGUAAAAGUUUCACCCCACAUUUCUGUACUGCAGCAUCAGGAUCGUGGUAUUUCUGUAUGUGGGAAUCUGUCUUGUCUCCUGUACAAAUACACGACAACCAGGAAUACUGUAUACCUUCAAAAACACCCUCAAAGCCAAACGACAAACUCCCUCUGAAUUCUGAAAUCCUCUGACACUCUAAAUGACAGUAUUUGACAAAGAUGGCUGCUGCCAUGAAUAUAAACACAUGGAUACACUUCCUGGACUUUGUGGAGUUGCGGAAUCCAAGUGUGGAAUCCGAAUGCCGCUCGUUCGCAAAAUGGUUCCUUCUCUCCCUCUCUUCUCUCCCUCUUCAUCCUCCUCUCCUCUUUUUUUCACCGAGGAGAAUCUCCCUCCGGGACUCAAAGCUUGGGCUUUUUUGUUAUCAUGUCGGUCAGUGUUUUACUAAAAGGUUGUCUCUCUCUCUUUCACUGUUUGCUUUUGACUGUUUUCAAUGUGUUGGAUUUUUCUCAUGGAUGCUUCUCAUGGAUCCUCAUUUAAAAAAGAGAGGUUUCUUGUUUUGUGAAAACGCACCCCCCCCCCCCCACCCCUCUGUUGGUGUGUGUGUGUGUGUGUGUGUGUGUAUGUGUGUUUCCUUGUGCCAAUAGCCAGCAGGUCGAGGCGACAGAGAGCGGGCUGGCUCUUGUACGUGAUGUGUUGAGACUUUUUGUAUUGGGACACCACUGUGUGAGAUGGGUUUGUGUCCACCUUCUCCUUUCCUCGUCCCCCCCAAUCCCUCCCGUCACUAUGACCACCUCCUCCUCUCUUUCUCUCCUCCAACACACCUCUAAAGGGAGGAAAAAACUAGUACAUUCCUGCUUUGGAAAAAUGUUGAUUAAAAAAAUUAUGUUUAAGCACCA